GAGGCGGGGAGCGGCUGUCCACGGUGCUGAUGGGAGGACUGAUGAUGCUCUCGGGCUCUGUGCAGCCGCUACUGCGCAUGUUGCAUGACAGGUACACGCAAGCCUCCAUCUUGGGCUUCCCGAGCUGAGGCGAAAGGGCAGCAGCCAUAUAUACACAGUAAUUCCAAAAAUAACAACAAAACGGGGCGCGGCAAUAAAAAAAAAAAAAGGAAAGAAAGAAAGAAAAUUGGCAAAUUGCCGAGAUGUAACUUUUGUAUUUUCUUCAACAAAUAGCUUUAGAGGCGAACUGAGCGCGCAAGCAGAAUGGAAGAGAAAGACAGCGACUGGUCUGGAAGCCUCUUUUAACGACACUUACACAGUCAGCUUUACUCGGUCUACUUUCCUGAGGAUUUGACAGGUGACAAAGCCGAAAGGCUCCACUCACACCAGAAUGGGAAUCAAGACGCUUACCAUCUUUCUGCUCGUCCUCUCGCUUUGUGUGGAGGGAGCGUCUGCCAAAGAAAAGGGAACAAAGAAGGGGAAGAAGAAAGGGAAGCAGGUUUACUGUCCGUCACAGCUGUCACCGGAGGAUCUGGCUCGAGUCCCUGCCAAUUCCACCAGUAACAUCUUGAACAGGUUACUGAUCACCUAUGAUCCCAGAAUAAGGCCCAACUUCAAAGGAAUUCCCGUGGAGGACCGAGUGAACAUUUUCAUCAACAGUUUUGGCUCCAUCCAAGAGACGACCAUGGACUACAGAGUCAACAUCUUCCUGCGACAGCGGUGGAACGAUCCCCGGCUGAAGCUCCCUCAGGACUUCAAGUCGGAUUCUCUCACCGUCGAUCCAAAGAUGUUCAAAUGUCUCUGGAAACCCGACCUGUUCUUCGCCAACGAGAAGAGUGCAAACUUCCACGACGUCACGCAGGAGAACAUCCUCCUCUUCAUUUUCCGUAAUGGAGACGUCCUCAUCAGUAUGAGGUUGUCCGUCACCCUUUCUUGUCCGCUGGAUCUGACGUUGUUCCCCAUGGACACACAGAGGUGUAAAAUGCAACUAGAGAGCUUUGGAUACACCACGGACGACCUGCAGUUCAUGUGGCAGACGGGAGACCCCGUGCAAAUGGACGCCAUCGCUCUGCCACAGUUUGACAUCAGACAAGAAGAUAUUGAUUACGGGAACUGCACAAAAUUCUAUGAAGGAACAGGGUACUACACUUGUGUGGAGGUCAUCUUCACUCUCAGGCGACAGGUUGGCUUCUACAUGAUGGGUGUUUACGCCCCAACCCUGCUCAUCGUAGUCCUCUCCUGGCUGUCCUUCUGGAUCAACCCUGAUGCCAGUGCCGCCAGGGUACCUUUGGGCAUCCUCUCAGUGCUCUCCCUGUCCUCCGAGUGCACCUCGCUGGCUUCAGAGCUGCCCAAAGUGUCCUACGUCAAGGCCAUCGACAUCUGGCUCAUCGCCUGCCUGCUGUUUGGUUUUGCCUCGCUGGUGGAGUACGCCGUGGUUCAAGUGAUGCUCAACAGCCCUAAGCGUAUCGAAGCGGAGAAGAUUAAGAUGGCAGCCAAGGAUAAAGCUGCGGGAAAGAUUCCUGCUACCAAGAACAACACGGUCAACGGGACGGGAGGGACGCCACUUCAUGUCAGCACCUUACAUGUGGCCGAGACUCGCUGCAAGAAGGUGUGCACCUCCAAAUCGGACCUGCGGACCAACGACUUCAGCAUCGUGGGCUCGCUCCCGCGGGACUUUGAGCUGUCGAACUUUGACUGCUAUGGGAAGCCGAUCGAUUUGGGCGCCGGUGCUGGCAAAUCCCAGUCGAAGAAAAACAAGAAACCCCCUCCUCCGAAACCUGUGAUCCCCUCGGCGGCCAAACGAGUCGACCUGUACGCCCGAGCCCUCUUCCCCUUCACCUUCCUCUUCUUUAACGUCAUUUACUGGUCCGUAUACUUGUGAUUACCUUGAAAUUACCUUGUAUUUUUAACCCUUAAAACAUCACACACGUGGGUGCUUUGAUGAUCUGAAUAUUUUACAAAAGU